GGUUGAUUGCGUUUCCUACAUGGCAGUUUAUGCCAGCUAAGGACGCUGAUGGAAUGCAAUGACACUCAAGUCACAAUAGGAAGCCAUACGCAUACAGCCAGACCAGUAUGACAGGUGGUGGAGAUAGCUUCGAGUACCGGCCGCACUUAGGAACCAGCGAAAGUCCCGAUGGCAUCCUGCUGUCGACUCUAGGGAGCACUGGACCACUCCCAUUCUUCAGGAUUCCACAAGCAGAUCAAACACAAUUACAACAACAAAGCCAUGGACAUAGCUUUCGAGGCGGCAGUGGCAUCGGAAAAAACCUCGGGAAUCUCUGUUCUGAGAUAAAGCGACACAUACAGCAAGCUCAAUGGCAUAGAAAUGAAGGUCCGUUGCGGGCGAUUCAUCUGUUGUUGAACGCCGUGAAGCUACCACUGCACAUAUUCACACCGGACAGCAUGAUUACCUUUUUUAUCGGUCUUGGCUUUUCAUCCGGGUUGAUAUUAUGGGACACCAUGUUAUUCAUCGAUGCGCGUUGGAAUGACGCUUUCAAACUCAACUAUGAGAUAAAGACAUAUGUUGAUGGGUUUGCAUUCAUCGUUGUAUUUGUUGCACUAUGCUUGGAGCUCUCCUCCAUUUCGCCCAUCUAUCAAAAUCGCACAGCUCUAGCUUUCUCGGUCUUAGACACGGUCAUUAUUUUGGUCAUCACUGGAGUGUUCGCGUAUCGCCAUCUCCGUGGGUUCAAGGAAAAUUGGCGCAUUUACAACAAAGCAAAGCCAAUCAUCAUGUUUAAUGCCGACGGCAACCCUAUGGCUGUUAUACCAAAGUCGCCAGUAGGCUUCGAGUCAGAUCUAGCAGGCCGAUCCAUGGAUUCACUUCUACAAUAUUCUGGACGAAACAGUGGCGAGGAAGCCUCGCAAAGUGCGGUAUCCUUUAUAUAGUACAUCAGAAACACCACCGAGUUUCGAAGUAUUACAACGAGUUACGUGUUGUCCCAAGACUGUAGUGAGGUCUCUCUGACUUCCGUACUUUAGAACAACUUUGACCCCUCUAUCACCAGAUAUCAGAAAACAGACACCCGUUCUAUCUUGUCCGCUCGAUUAAGGAUUUCCAGCGACUGCCCAGAAAUGAGUAAAAGCAUCACGGCAAUGAUGGGAAUCCGGAAUUAUCUUUAGCGUGCCCCUCUUGAUUUUUUAACUUCUGGCAGCAUAUUCGCG